AUGUCAAAUCCCCCUGUUUUCACUACUUCGCAAGGCUGUCCUGUGUCGGAUCCCUUCACCAGCCAGCGGAUCCCUCUGGAUACCACCGGUUACCGGUAUGCUCCUCCAAUGGGCCCAUUGCUGUUGCAAGAUUUCAAGCUCAUUGACACACUCGCCCACUUUGACAGGGAGAGAAUUCCAGAGAGAGUGGUGCACGCCAAGGGUGCUGGAGCUUACGGUGUGUUUGAGGUGACCGACGACAUUACCGAUGUUUGCUGUGCCAAGUUCCUCGACACUGUUGGUAAGAAGACCAGAAUUUUCACAAGAUUUUCCACAGUGGGUGGAGAAAAGGGUUCUGCAGACACAGCCAGAGACCCUAGAGGAUUUGCAACCAAGUUCUACACGGAGGAGGGAAACUUGGACCUGGUGUACAACAACACGCCUAUCUUCUUCAUCAGAGACCCAAUCAAGUUUCCCCACUUCAUUCACACUCAGAAGAGAAACCCUGCCACAAACCUCAAGGACGCAAACAUGUUCUGGGACUAUCUGACGGCCAAUGACGAGUCUUUGCACCAAGUCAUGUAUUUAUUCUCCAACAGAGGUACUCCGGCCUCGUACAGAACCAUGAACGGCUACUCUGGCCACACCUACAAAUGGUAUAACUCCAAGGGCGAGUGGGUGUAUGUCCAGGUUCACUUCAUUGCCAACCAGGGCGUGCACAACCUGCUGGACGAGGAGGCUGGCAGGUUGGCAGGAGAAGAUCCAGACUACACCACCAGAGACCUGUGGGAGGCCAUUGAGAAAGGAGACUACCCAUCGUGGGAGUGCUACAUCCAGACAAUGACUCUUGAGGAGAGCAAGAGACUGCCAUUCUCGGUGUUUGACUUGACCAAGGUGUGGCCACACAAGGACUUCCCAUUGAGACACUUUGGCAGAUUCACUCUGAACGAGAACCCGAAGAAUUACUAUGCUGAAACCGAGCAGAUUGCCUUUUCUCCUUCGCACACUGUUCCUGGCAUGGAGCCUUCGAACGACCCUGUGUUGCAAUCGAGAUUGUUCUCGUACCCAGACACGCAUAGGCACAGACUUGGACCUAACUACCACCAGAUCCCAGUCAACUGUCCACUGAAGUCGGGCUCAUUCGCUCCUAUCAACAGAGACGGUCCUAUGUGUGUUGAUGGCAACCUGGGCGGCACGCCUAACUACGCAAAUGCUUACAACUGUCCUAUCCAGUACGCUGUGAGCCCUAAGGCUUCUGGCGAUAAGCCAGACGAAAAGUAUUCCGGCGAAGUGGUUCCGUACCACUGGGAGCACAGCGAUUACGACUACUACCAGCCAAAGAUGUUCUGGAAGGUUCUUGGCAGGACACCGGGCGAACAGGAGUCGCUUGUUAAGAAUGUUGCAAACCAUGUUUCUGCUGCUGACGAGUUCAUCCAGGACCGCGUUUACGAGUACUUCUCGAAGGCUGAACCUAUUAUUGGAGAACUGAUCAGAAAGAAGGUUCAGGAGCUCAAAAGGAAGUCUUCUCCAUCCAAAAUGUAA